CUUUGCUAGCUACAUUUAUACUAAUCUGUGGUGUUAUCAUAGCGUUGUCAAAUGUCUAAUAUUUUAUCAUUGAUAAUUUUUUAUCAAUAGACAAAAUGGCUCAAGAGUUAAAGGAUUUAUGUCAGCUAUUAUUUCCCGAUUCAUCGACGGAAAAUGCUGAAUAUUUUAAUGAUAUAACGGAUUAUAUAAAGAAAUUAGGAUCACAAAAUUGGGAACACGUGAGACAUGAGCCUGAAAGAUUAAAUGAAGAAAUGAAACACCUCACUGAGCAAACGCAGGAUCUAGCUUUUACUAAUUAUAAAACCUUUGUGGAAACUGCUGAUAUUUCGAGGACUGUUAUGAAGGAUUUGGUAAAAUCGAAGGAGUCACUAGCAGUUUUAUUAAGUUCAACACCUGACUUUGUGCAGCAGUGUGAGAAUUUUUCACAAGUAGCGGGUAAUAUUGUUCAAGAAAAAAGGAGAUAUAGUAGCAUAAGGAAUCAAAGUGAUAAGUUGUUGGAAUUAUUAGAGCUUCCAUCUUUGAUGCGUGAAGCACUCAAUGCCGAAGACUAUGAAAGUGCAUUGGAUAUUUUUGCUUUUAUACGUAAUCUGUCAAAGAGGUAUUCUGAAAUACCCAUAGUACAGAGCACCACUAGCGAAAUCAUGAUGUUGUGGUUUGAAACACUUUAUCAUUUAUUUAAUCAACUUCAUUAUGAUUUACCUUUACCCCAAUGCUUGCAGAUUUUAGGUUACUUAAGAAGAGCUAAUACUGUAUUUAAGUCGACUGAAGAUGAGAAUAGGACAUCUAUAGGCAGUAAUAAAACAAGUAAUGUAAAUUCUGAUGGACUACAUUUACAUUUUCUUAAAGCGAGAAAUGCAUGGUUUGAUAAAGCACUCGAGGAUGCAAGAAAUACAGAAGCACCAGAAAAGUUAUUGCGGAAAAUAGUGGAACUGCAUAGAGUUCAUUUAUUUAAUGUUAUAACUCAACACAAGUCUAUCUUUUUGUCUGAUACUCAGGAGACAAAAGUUAGAGAUGAUGAGUUAAGUGGCACUAGCGCUUUAUCAUGUUGGCUAAAGCAAAAGGUGGAAAAUUUGUGCCAAAUAUUAAACCAAGAUCUUUGGAGGGAAGAUGAAUCAAGCUUUGAAUCCUUAUUGAAUCAGUGCAUGUAUCUGUGUCUUUCUUUUGGAAGAGUUGGCGCAGAUUUAAGAUGUGUUCUUACCCCUCUAUUUCGUAACAAUAUUUUAAUGCAAUUUAAUAAUGGAGUAGACAAAGUUGACAUACAAUUUGAAAAUCAAAUAAAAUCUUAUAAAGUACCUAGUAUAAAAAAUGUCCCCAGACCGGCCAACGAAAAUAUGCCUUCAGGGCCACCUGAAAAUUUGCUAGACUACUAUCCCUUAGCAGAAUAUUGUAAUGGAUUGCUUACUGUUUUAAAUUCUCUCCGCUUGACAGCUCCAUUGAAUGUUGUUAAGAAUGUUUACAGAGAUUUUAGAAAAUCGUUUGACAAAGCUGCACAGAUAUUAUUGGCAUUUUAUCACAGAGAACAACAAGCUUUUACUGAGAUAGAGAGGCAAAAUUUUGUAUCUUUAUGUAUUUGUUUCACUGAAGAUUUGGUGCCUUAUAUUGCAAAAUGUCUGACGCAAUCAUUUCCAUCAACACACAUAGCAGAAUUGUUAGGAAUUACACUGACUGUUUUACAAGAAAGUAAAAUAUUAUAUUUAGAUCAAGUCGAGAUUUGUAAACCAUUAAAUAGUAUUACAGGACUUGUGAUAAGCUAAGCAUAUUCUUUAUUAUGUUACUUUAUUAAAUAUGAAAAAAUU